GCCAAGCUCGCCUUGAAUCGCCAACAUGCCAAUUCAGAUGGAACGCAAGGCAUAGAAAAGGACACUUUGAACUUUCCUUCCGGAUGCGAUCUUUGUAUAACAAUUCAUAUCUUACUCGGCUCUUUUUCUCAAAGGAAUUGUCGCAACACAGCUGUUUGUCAUAUGGCAGUUGGUAUGUUUUAUCGAGUACGAUGUACAUGCUCCGUUGUUGCAGAUUUUAACUCCAGCGACUCAAUAACGCGAUUGCUGUUCUAGAACUAAAGGAAGAAGACGUAGCAUGAAAUCAGCCCAAGAUCACCGAAGCAGCCUGCUUCCAUCAUAUUUGUAUUUGACCACUUUGCGAACGAAGCAUCAUCAUCUGGAACCUGCUGUAGAAGGUUCAAACAUCACUGGUCCGUGGGGCUCGCCUCUGCUGGGCGCGCCGUUGCUGUCAUUGCUCAAGUGAGCCGCCUGCCUGAGCGUUCUAGUACGCCUCCAAGCUCUGAUUUCCACGCUGGCCUCGCUGCGAUGAAUAUAUUACCCGUAUUCUCACCGCUCUGCAUCCACAAUUGCGCUUGGAUGCCCAGCAACCUAGUUUCUCGUAUCCUUGACGCACCGGCGUCCUGUCUUCGGCCGCUCUUGAUCAAAUUCUAGUGGGUCAUGAGUGCAGGCCCGGUUUCUUAACCCUGGGGUACGCCAUUCUCGUUUCUAGAUUCUACGCUGCCUCGAGUUCCGUUCUUGUUGCCGGCACAGACAAUAGACUCACUUUCAUAGCCUCGGGUUUUUGUCCAUCUGUAGACAAACCUUCCAUGUGUCGAAUAUUGAAGAUCAGAUCUGUCAGGCUGCCGGUUGUCCCGUCUCUGCCUACCUAUAAAUCCUUCGACCGGCUUCUCGAGAUGGACAGCAUCUUGUGAUAAUUUGGAUCUUCGCUCUACCUCCCUCUCCCCUCUCACGAAUUACGAUCCUGUGACGAAUUGAUUAUACGACUUCUGGACAAAUCCUUACUCUAUACCCCAUGCCCGCAGUUCAGUCUGGGAAAGUUCUGGUCUCGGGCGCAAAUGGUUACGUCGCAUGUUGGGUCAUUAAAAGUCUUCUUGAGCAGGGCUACUCCGUCCGGGGAACCGUCCGUUCCGAGAGCAAAGGAGCAUAUACAAGAAAACUAUUUGCCUCCUACCGUGAUAGAUUUGAACUUGUCAUAGUCGAAGACAUGUGCAAGGAAGGUGCAUUUGACGAUGCUGUGAAGGAUGUUGACGGGGUUCAACAUAUUGCGUCGGCACCUGUCUGUUGGGAUGCGAAUAAUCCGAACGACAUGAUUUAUCAAUCCAUGGUACCAGGAGUGGUCAGCAUGCUGCAGAGUAUUCUGCAUUAUGGAACGCGAGUGAAGCGGGUCGUCAUUACCUCCUCGACUACUGCGGUGAAGGAUGUCCCUCCCUCAACUACAGAACGCGUCUUCACCGAGGAGAAUUUCAAUUACUCGGCGAUUCGUGAACUGGAGCAGAAGGGUGCCAAUACAGACCCCCUCGUGAAAUAUGCCGCUGGCAAGACUUUAGCAGAACUCGCCGCAUGGGAGCUUUAUGAAGCAGAGAAAAGGAAGGGUUUGUAUUGGGACAUGGUAGUGAUUGCACCACCAUUCAUCUUCGGACCUCCGUUGCACCACCAGGGUGGCCCAGAAACACUAAAAGUCCCGAUGAAUGGUUGGUACAAGCACGUCCUCGGAGGUGAUGUGGAAUAUGUUCCUUGGACGGCAGCCACGGGCGGCGGUGACUGGGUCGACGUCCGCGAUCUUUCUGAUGCCCAUGUGCUUGUAAUGCAGGAGGAAGCCACUGGAGGACAUCGCUUCAUCAUUAGCGCAGGACAGUUCACAUGGAACGAUUGGAUCGAAACAGUCCGUCGCGUAUCUGGCAGCGACAACCUUCCACAUGAAGUUGACAAGCCUGGAUACCCUAUCUAUCUGUCUAAGUUGGAUGUGUCUAAAGUACAGCGAGUAUUGGGAGCUUCGCAAUACCGAGAUAUGGAGGCGUGCACUCGAGCUCUUCUAGACUUCUUCGAACGGAAAGGUUGGUGGGAGUCGUAGUGGUAUAUGCCGUGACAUUGUAGCCUGGAUAUGUACCGGAACCUUGA